AGAGUCCGCUAAACACGCCGCACGGACACGUACCUGGUUCAAGGAGCCGAUAAAGUGAACCCUGUGGGAGGGAAGAGGAAGAGUUCACUCUCUGGUAACCGGAGAGGGGAAAAAAAAGAACAAGCAGAAAGUGAGUUUUCAACAAGAAGCAGAGAGGAUUUAAUUAGUGGACGCGAGUCGUGAGUGGGACCGUGGCAGAUGUAAGAUGACAUCGAUAAAGGAGGAUUAAACUGCGGGGAUGUUAAGAAAAAUGAUGAGAACAGUACACACACAGUAAAAGGAGGGACUCCGGACAACACAGGGAUGGCUUGAUUUCCUCACCACCGGAGGAAGCUGGUGGGACAAUACUUGUCAGAGGCACUCAUGUUUCUGUGGAAGAGAAAGAAAGUUUGCUGCGCUUUUUCUCGGAUAUAAGUCGUUGGAGGCAUCGCUGCUCGUCACCGUUUGUUUUUUUUUAUACCCCCCUUCCUCCUCUUCCUCCUCAUAGCCCGGUUUGGCUAAUUAAAACUGUUCACAAUGUCCAAACCAGCGCUAAAGAAGAACCAUUGGACCUCCAGAGUGAACGAGGUCUCCGUCUCCAAAGAUGCCCGCGGUGACUUGAAUGUGGCGCUGCGCGGCGGCGCGGAGAACGGAGAGUUCGCCUACAUCGGCCAAGUGAACGAGGACGUGGUGCUUUACAAAAGUGGAACAUUAAACGAAGGGGAACUGCUGCUGGAGGUGGAGAACCUCUCGAUUUCGGGAUUACCUCUGUACGACGUGCAGACCGUCAUAAAGAACUGCAAAGGUCCCGUCAGGUUGAAAACUGUCAGGCAAGGAAGCAAGCUGAACAAGGACCUGAAACAUUAUCUGAGCCAGCGCUUCCAGAAGUCGUCGCCUGACCACGAACUGCAGCAGACCAUCCGAGACAACCUCUAUCGUCACGCCGUGCCUUGUGAGUCCAAGACUGUUUGACAACCUUUGUUGUGCCAUUUCCUCGUUCUCAUGUCUGUUGUGCGCUGUUGUGUUGUCUUCUCGGUUUCCUGGCAUUUACAACAAUCCUGUUGAUACUAGGCACUAUGAAACACCGUCGUAGCUCCAAAGACUGCCAAAAGAAAACCUGAGAUUUUCCGGUGUGAGUCCUGAUCUUAGGUUCUGGCACGAUG